ACUCAUCUCUUUCAUCUCAUCUUCUCUCUUCUCUCUUCUCUCUCUUCAACAAUGUUACUAAUCAUAUCUUUCAUCAUCGUCUUCAUCGUUACAUUCUCACUCUUUCACAUACUCUUCUUACAAAAGCUACGUUACUGCAACUGCGAGAUCUGCAAUGCUUACCUAACCUCAAGCUGGAGAAAAGACUUCGUCAACCUCAGCGAUUGGUACACUCAUCUUCUCCGGCGAUCUCCGACGUCUACGAUCAAAGUCCACGUUCUUAACAGCGUUAUCACGGCGAAUCCUUCGAACGUUGAGCAUAUACUCAAAACCCAUUUCCACAAUUACCCUAAAGGGAAACAGUUCUCCGUCAUACUCGGUGAUCUCUUAGGCCGUGGAAUCUUUAACUCCGAUGGCGACACGUGGCGGUUCCAGAGGAAACUCGCGAGUUUGGAACUCGGGAGUGUUUCCGUUAGAGUGUUCGCUCAUGAGAUUGUUAGGAACGAGAUCGAGACACGUCUUCUUCCGAUUCUGACUUCGUUUUCCGACAGCCCCGGUUCUGUUCUUGAUCUGCAAGACGUGUUUAGAAGAUUCUCGUUUGAUACGAUUAGUAAACUGUCGUUUGGGUUUGACCCGGAUUGUCUCCGGUUACCUCUACCGACAUCGGAAUUCGCCGUGGCUUUUGAUACGGCGUCGACGUUAUCGGCGAAACGAGCUUUAGCUUCGUUUCCUCUGUUAUGGAAACUCAAAAGGUUUUUUAGAAUCGGUUCCGAGAAAAAGCUUAAAGAAUCGAUCGAUGUGAUAAACCGGUUAGCUGGUGAUUUGAUCAAGCAAAGGAGAUUAACCGGUUUAGUUGGUAACAACGAUUUGAUAUCGAGAUUCAUGGCGGUUGUGGCGGAGGAUGAUGAUGAGUAUCUUCGAGACAUCGUCGUGAGCUUUCUAUUGGCUGGGAGAGAUACGGUGGCUGCCGGUUUAACCGGUUUUUUCUGGUUAUUGACACGUCAUCCGAAAGUGGAGAACCGGAUCCAGGAAGAAUUAGACCGGGUCAUGGGUACCGGUUUUGACUCAGUCACUGCCUCUUGUAAUGAAAUGAGAGAUAUGAACUAUUUGCAUGCGACGCUGUACGAGAGCAUGAGAUUGUUUCCGCCGGUUCAAUUCGACUCCAAAUUCGCUUUGAACGAUGACGUUUUGGCUGAUGGUACGUUUGUGAAAAGAGGGACUAGAGUGACGUACCAUGCUUACGCAAUGGGUCGGAUGGGCCGGAUCUGGGGCCCGGAUUGCGAAGAGUUUAAACCGGAGAGGUGGUUGGAUAACGACAGUAAAUUCCGUCCCGAAAACCCGGUUAAGUACCCGGUUUUCCAGGCCGGAGCUAGAGUUUGUGUGGGGAAAGAAAUGGCCAUCAUGGAGAUGAAAUCCAUAGCGGUAGCCAUCAUUAGGCGGUUCGAAACACGGGUCGCUUGUCCCGAGUCUACCGAUAUGCUCCGGUUUGCGCCUGGUCUAACCGCAACGGUUAGCGGUGGAUUGCCGGUUUUGAUCCAAGAAAGGACUUAGGUUCAUCCUUCAUAGAGAUCAUUAAGUCAAGAUAUAUAAAUAAUACUUUAUGAAAACAUAGAUAUAGUCUGUUUAUUAACUGACAAAUUAUUGUUAACAUGUAAAACAAAUUGUUGGCAACAUCUAUGUGUAAUUGUGUAUCAUUAUCUCUUAUUUAAUUUAUCAAAAAAAAAAAAGCCAAGUGGGUCUUAAUUUCUUG